AUGUCGUACGAAGAGCGCGCCAAUGCGCACCCUAACCUGGGCGACGAGUCCGAUGUUGAGGAGGAAGCACUCGUCAACGAUUACCGCGAGCAGGUCAACUUCGAAGAUGGCAUGAGCGAACUGGACCGGACUACAUCCCUUGGAACUGGCUCGCAGACGCAAGAUCUCCAGGCACAGCUCGCCGCUGCUGCGACCCCGCUUGAAUACCAGGCCACACUGGAGACCAAGUUUGCAAGCUAUGACAACUACUGCAGCCUUUUCCACUACAUCCUCAACUCGGAUGGCCCUGUUGAACUGGAGGUCCCUUCUUACUACUGGGCUUGGGAUGUGAUCGAUGAAUUUAUCUACCAGUUCGAAUCGUUCUGCCGUUACCGCAACCGUGUCGCUCGUAGCGGCUCUAACGAGGAAGAGGCCCAGCUUUUGCGUGAGAACCCAAACACAUGGGGUUGUUACUCCGUGCUCAACGUUCUUUACUCCCUUAUCCAGAGGUCCCAGAUCAACGAGCAAUUGGCUGCUAUCAAGCGUGGAGAAGACCCCUUGGCGUUCGCUGGGGAGUAUGGCUCUCGUCCUCUCUACAAGAUGCUCGGAUACUUCUCGAUCAUCGGACUUCUCCGUGUCCACUGCUUGCUGGGUGACUUUAGCCUUGCCCUCAAGACCCUUGACGACAUCGAAAUGAACAAGAAGGCUAUGUUCGCUCGUGUCAUGGCAGCUCACUUCACCACCUACUACUAUGUGGGUUUCUCCUACAUGAUGAUGCGCCGUUACGGUGAUGCCAUCCGCAUGUUCAGCCACAUCCUGGUCUACGUCUCCCGGACCAAGAACUUCCAAAAGGGUGGCAACAGCUACGACGCUAUCGCCAAGAAGAACGACCAGAUGUAUGCUCUCAUUGCCAUCUGUGUUGCCCUCCACCCCACCCGUCUCGACGACACCAUCCACUCCGCUCUCCGCGAGAAGUACGGCGAGCAGCUCCACCGUCUCCAGCACGGUGGCCCCGAGGCCCUCCCCCUGUUUGAGGAGCUCUUCCGUUCCGCUUGCCCCAAGUUCAUCAGCCCCACUCCCCCCGACUUCGACAACCCAUCUGUCAACAUCGACCCCGUCGAUCACCACACGGCUAUCUUCAUGGAUGAGGUCAAGAACACGCUGUACAACCCUACCAUCCGUUCUUACCUGAAGCUGUACACCACGAUGGACCUGCAGAAGCUGGCCGGCUUCCUGGAAGUCGAGCCCGAGAAGCUCCGCUCCUGGCUAUUGGUGAACAAGCAGCGCAGCCGCCAAGUCCGCUGGGUUGAGGGCGGUUUGCUGGAGGGUGAGCCCGUCGCCGCCAACGACCUGGACUACGCUCUGGAGAACGACCUGAUCCACGUCAGCGAGACCAAGGCCGGCCGUCGCCUGGUGGACUGGUACCUUCGGAACCUCGCCCGCGUCUACUAG